UCCUGGAACCUGACAUUUCGCCUUAUCAAUCUUUAUCCUGGCCUCGAUCAUCCCACUGCGACGACACUUCACCACCCGCAUCAUGGCCACAGACACAUCGCAACGUCGUAUCGUCAUCGUCGGCGGCGGUAUCAUGGGCACCUCCACCUUGUACCACCUCGCCCACUCUCCCUCUCUCGCGCCUCAGACGCACAUCAGCCUAGUCGAGGCGGCUUCCUCCCUCGCUCCAGCAGCCUCCGGCAGGUCAGGCGGCUUCCUCGCGCAAGAUUGGCAUGGAGCAGCCACAGCUUCCAUUGCCGACUUGUCCUACCGUCUGCACAGGGAACUGGCGGAGAAGGAUGGCGGCGGGGAGAAGUGGGGGUGGAGAGAGGUUGAUACGAUGAGCGUACGAUUCGAUGACAGCAAAAGCAAAGCUUCGAAUAAGCUGCCAAGUAGUUUGCAAUGGGUAAAAGCUGAGCAUGUCACCAAGGCAAGCAAUAUGGGCGGAGGAGGUACGACGGCGCAGGUGACACCGCUGCCUCUAGUAAACCACCUCGCGGAGGAGGCUGAGAAGAAGCUGAAGGAAAGGGGUCGUACCUUCGACCUCUUGUUGAACAACUACGCCGAGAAGGCAACGAUCAAGGAUGGCCGAAUCGAGUCUCUCGACGUCGAGUCCACCUCUUCAGGCUCGGACGCCACGCUCCCCUGCACCGAUCUGAUCCUCUCAGCCGGUCCCUGGAUGGGUCAGUUGGUCCCUUCCCUCUUCCCUCGACCCUUCAUCAAUUCGCAUCGCUUCCUGUCCUCGGCAUCUCACAUAGACGGAUCGAGGGCACACAGCGUCGUCAUUCGCGGUUCGGCGCCUACGUCAAACCACUGCCUGUUCACGGACAUGAGCUUCCAGAGUACCAAAGGUGGUAGACAAAAGGCGGCAGCUCCAGAGGUCUACGCACGGGCAGACGGGACGGUGUAUGUCUGCGGGGGAAGCGAUGAUGUCCCACUGCCUCGCCUUGCGAGCGAAGUGAAGCAUGACAGCCGUAAGACGGCGGAUCUGCUCGAGCAGGCGGCGCACCUCUCGCCACAUGUACUCGACACCACCUCUGGCCCGAAGGCAGGAGCCACAGUGGAGAAAGAGCAGGCCUGCUACUUGCCCAUCGCCGAGCGCAGUGACUUCAUCGUCGCAGGCGACAAGAAGAGCGGUGUCUGGGUCGGUGGAGGAGGUGCAAGCUGCUGGGGGAUCACAAUGGGAUUGGGCACUGGCAAGUGCGUAAGUGAGAUGGUGCUGGAUGGCACGGUCAAGAGCGCGGAUGUGAGCAUGCUGCAAGGAUGACCUGAUGCGACGUGUGAGCAUCUAGAGUAUGCUUGCUAUGCUGAGAAU